AUGAGACAAGGGGAUCCUCUAUCCCCUUAUCUCUUUGUUAUUGUUAUGAAUGUUCUAUCUUCUCUGCUGGAUGCUGCAGCAAAGAAUAGUGUUUUUAGAUUCCAUCCUAAAUGCAAAAGAAUACCCCUUACUCACCUAUGUUUUGCUGAUGACUUGCUUCUGUUCUGUCAUGGGUCUUUGGAUACUAUGUUGGGGGUUGUUAGCACUCUUGAAAAGUUUUAUGAACUCUAUGGUCUUAAGCUGAAUGCUUCGAAAACUGAGUUGUUUGCUUGUGGAGUGGCUUGGGAUGAGCUAGAACUGAUCCAAAGAACUACUAGUUUUAGGAUUGGCCAUCUUCCUGUUAGGCUGUUUAUAUUGCCUAAGGGGGUCAUAAGAUAUAUUGAGAAGCUCUGCUUGAGGUUUUUCUGGAAGGGCAUUGAUACUUUAGCAAGAGGUGCUAGAGUUAGCUGGAAUCAGGUUUGCACUCUAAAAUCAGAGGGUGGUUUGAGAUUAAGGAAGCUUGCUGAUUGGAGCAAGGCUUACUGCCUUAUGCUAAUAAAAACAUUCUUACUGGGGAUGGGUCCUUAUGGAUUGUUUGGGUUAAGAUUUACUGUUUCAAGUUUGUUGAUUACUGGGAUGUUGCCAGUAAACCUCACUUUAGUUGGAUUCUUUGCAAACUGA